AUGGCGUCAUCACGCACCGUCGAGGACGCGUUCGUCGACGCGGAAUCGUUACUGCGCGAAUGCGAGGAGACGCUCGAGCGACGAGAUGAAUUGGAGCGACGACGAUGGGGAGACACGGCGGGCGAACGCGGUGAACGCACGGACGACGCGGAAAAGCGAGACGAUGGAGCGUCGACAUCAUCGUCAAACGACGUCGAGCGCGAGAUCGCACGUCUCACCGCGCACGCGCGAACGCGCCUGAACGGGGUGUGCGCCAAUCUCGCCGCGCUCGACGAGCUCGUCGCGCGUCGCGAACGAACGCCCUGUAUGAACGAUCUUGAGAGAAGGAUAGAGUCACUUAGAGCGCUCGAGCGACGCAAAGACCUUGCGAUGAGGCGGUGCGCGAGCGUGAGAAAGAAAAAGAGCGCAACGACGGCGGUGAGGUGGAAUCCCGCCGAGCAGGCUCCAAAGGCGCCCGGCGUCGAGACACGACAGAGAGACAAGGGUGAAGUGCUGCAGAUUCAGCGAGCGAUGUUAGAGGAGCAGGACGAUGCACUGGACGAUUUAUCUCGAGCGGCGGGGCGCGCAAAGGAGAUCUCCAUAGCGGUGAACGACGAGUUGGAUCUCCACGCCAAACUAUUAGACUCGCUCGACGACGAGAUGGCAGACACGAGCGGGCGCCUGACGCGAGCGUCUCGGGCGGUGCAGAACAUGAUGCGGCGAGGAUCGAGCUGCCGCUCCGCCACGAUAGCCGUGCUUGUGUUCGUGCUGUGCUUCUUAGUUCUCGCUCUCAUAAUCAAGUUGCAACGAUGA